AUGUCAAUUGAGAAUCCCAUAACCCCGAUGGCACCCUCGCCCUCGCCCUCGCUCUCAAUGGGCGCCGAGACCCAGACCAAGAAAAAUAAGGAUAGAGCCUCGCAUGACGAGAAGAAGCGGAAGAGAGAACCCAAGGAAGACGGCAUUAAGUCGAAGUCCAAGGCGAAGAAACACAAGUCCUCGCACGCAGAGAAGGAGCAUAAGUCAAAGUCAAAGAAGCCCGAGUCUGGCAAUAUGGUAUCGCAAUCCUCGGCCACUUAUACAGAAAAGUCCUGUCCUGGCUCGCCAUUUCACCUCCAGACUUCCACAUUAUACCUCCCAUUGGCACCCGUCUCCCAAAAAUUCCCUCUCGAAGGCCUAUGCGCUGAGCACCUAUCGCCUCUCCUUUUAAGCUACUAUCCACCGCUCGGCGGCGUCCUCCUCUCCUACAAUAACGUGCGUUUUUCUCCCCACGAAUUUGGCGACGAUGGCUCUAAAGUCGUCGCGCUAGAGACUUUCGACGAAUACCCGGUUUGUUGGGCGUGGGUUACCGCCGAAUUUCUGCUAUUUAAGCCCGAGAACGGUAUCUGGCUGGAGGGAUAUGUCAAUUUUCAGAAUGAGGGGCAUAUUGGGAUCGUAUGUUGGAAUAUGUUUAAUGCGAGUAUCGAGCGUAAACGCUUGCCGGAAGAUUGGAAGUGGGUUGGUGUGGAAGACAUGGAGAAUGGGGAGCACACUGAAGAAGUGAGCGAGAAAUAUUCUGACUGGGCGGGUUAUUAUGUUGAUGGGAGCGGUACGAAGAUCGAGGGUGUCGUGAAGUUCAGGGUUAAGGAUGUUGAUAUGAGCCAUGAUAGGGACAAGGAAAGGGGGUUUUUGAGCAUUGAAGGGACGAUGUUGGACGAAGACGCAGAGCAUAUUCUCCUGGCAACGGAGGAAGGAUCGUAUCGUGGACGAGACAGGGAUCCAACUAUAAAGCGUUUACUGGGACCGAAGGGUUUGGGAGCAACCAGUUUGGGGGCUGGUAUCCCUGCAGAGCCGGAUUCAAUGGGUGGCGGGAAAAAUGGGAAAAAGCAUAGCAAACAGAGAUAUUGA